CAAACUGGUUCCAGCUCAGUGUGGCACAAGCCGUGAACCUUAUCAUAACGAGGGGGGAUUUUUUGUCAUGUUGCGUGAGAAUACCAAACCAGUGUUGACAUUAUGAAAGUGGUGAUAUUUCUACUUGUUGCGGCGCUACGAGAUGUUGCAAGUUUUUCAUGCGGAAAGACCGCCACGAUCUUCUCGACGCGGAUAUCCAACGGGAAGGACGCUGAGGAGGGCGAAUGGCCAUGGCAUGGUGCCCUGUACUAUAGAACAGGGCCGAAUCAGCCUCACCAGUACCGUUGUGGGGCAACCCUGAUCGGCCCUCGAACUGUAUUGACGGCAGCCCACUGUAUCGUUCCGAAUGGGAUUGCGAUAGUGCCAGAUAAUGUGCUGGUCAAGUUUGGGAUGAUCAGCCGAAAUCAUCCUGGGAGCAAUGCCAAGAGUUACGGAGUACAACGCAUUGUACGCCACGACCGAUACGACCCGAAAACAUUGCAGCAAGAUAUUGCUCUGCUGAGGACUGUCGAAGAAGUUCACUUCUCGGAUUACAUUCGGCCGGUUUGUCUGCCAAGCGCUUCUCAGGAGGAUAUUUUCGAGCUGGGUCACACUGUCGGUUGGGGACUCAACGGGGGCGAUCAGCUGGAGGACACCCUUCAGCACGCUAGUCUUCCAGUGGUAAGCUACACCAGCUGCCUUCGGAGCAAUCCGACGCACUUUGCCACGGUUCUGGCACGUGACGGAGACAGUAACUUCUGCGUUGGUGGUUCGCUGGACAACGCCAACGUGUGCCAGGGUGAUAGCGGUGGGGGGUUGUUUCAGGUUCGAGACCACUCCUGGUUCAUCCGAGGCAUUAUCAGUACUGGCCCUCAAACUGUCCGGCAAAUGCAUGGGCGCUGCGACACGUCGCAGUACGUAACGGCAACCAAUGUGUCGUACUUCCGAGAGUGGAUCGACAAGGUAGAGAAUGGCUGGAGGAACAAUCUGCUUGAUUUGGCGGAUUGUGGAACGGACGACCAUGACGUGAGCAUUCCGGAGGAGGAGAAACCCACCUUUCUGCAGUAUCCGUGGAUCACCGUUAUGGAGUAUAAGAUUGAUGAAGCUCGGAAGGCAAAAGCGAUGUGCGGGGGAGUUCUGAUUCAUCCCAGAUUCGUACUGCUAGCAGGACACUGCGUUUGCGAAUCUUGUGCAAUUAUUACUCUCAAUUCAGUCAGACUGGGGGACUACAACCUAUCAACCGAUCCGGACAUGGAAACCAUGUUCGGUGAAUCGAUCUCAACCUACACCCAAACCAUCCCAGUUGAAAAGUUCAUCCGAUAUCCAACGUCAGCCAACCAAAGUCGCUACGCCAACGACCUUGCCCUGAUCAAGUUAUCCCGUCCAGCCGAUCUAAGCUCCGUCAACGUGCGACCAAUCUGUAUCCCGACGGAAGCAGAUUAUCCCAUCGGCAACCCUGCAACGGUAUCCGGAUGGAAGCGGGCCGGCGAUGCAGCGUCCGUGGUUCAACGGGAAUCGGUCCACCUGGUAGACAACGGGCUCUGUGAGCAACAGUACGGUCGGAUCAGGGUGGAGCUGGGAGUUCGCGAUAGCUUUCUGUGCGUCGAGAGGCGCGUCAAAGCGACCAAUUGUGGAAGCUUUUUGAGCGGAACGCCGCUGCAGAGCGUGAGGACGGAUUACGAUGGGAUUAACCGGUACUAUCUGCGAGGGUUGUACGCGUUUGGACUUUCCCGAUGUAAUCUUAACUUUACAGAUGUUUAUGUUAAUGUUAGUUAUUUUGGGCGGUGGAUCAAGGAGGUUGUUGAGUUAGAGAUUGGCGUAGAAUAAACUUGUUAAAAAUGCA